AUGUCAGCUGGAGAUUCUACCAAUUUGGAUGACAGGAGUGCUCCUGAAAUGGUCAUUCAGCCCUGCAAAUGUCAAUCUGAAGUUUCCUCGGGUCUCUGGGGACCUCAUGUCUAUCUCGUUCGGUUAGAGAUCUCGCAAAUACUGUUGCAUCGACUGGAACCUAUAUAUGUCAUGAUUGCUGGGAUUACCAUCAAGAAAGAGGAAGAAGAAGAAGAUGAAGGAGAAGGAGUGACGAGUUAUACCUCAAAUGGUGAGACUAUUCAAUCUGGACAUCACGACUUUGUCUUCUAG